AUGGGGAUAGACAGGUGGUUCUUGCUAGGAAAGCUUAAGACAGCCGUGAAGAAAAUUAGAGUUGUAUUAAACUUUGAUCUGAAUAAGUGGAAACUAGCAUCGAUGUUGGGAUCGGCUUCGGGGAAACGGAGGGCAAUAAGCUUCAACGGGCGGGCGGGGUUGAGGGAAUUCGUGGAAGAUUCCGACGAGUUUAAGAGCACGGAGACUUCUCCGGUGAAGGGUGGACUGCAAAGGACUACAAGUUUUCCGAUGGAGGAAGAUGUUGAUAAGAGGGCUGAGAUGUUUAUAGCUAAUUUUUAUAAGCAGCUGAGGUUUGAAAGGCAAAUAUCUUUGGAGCUAAGGUAUUGUAGGGUUAAUAGCUUUGGGUCUCCAUUAUCUCCUUCACGGUGA